AUGCCUCUUACAAAACAUCCUAGAGACACAGAACCUCCUUGGAUGGAUUGGGACAGAAAAGCACAGAAAUCUGGCCUGAGACAUACUGUGUACUGUGUAAAUGGGGAUCAGUACACAGGAGAAUGGCUGAACAACUUGAAACAUGGUAAAGGUACUUACAUAUGCAAAAGUGCAAAAUCCAUAUAUGAAGGUGAAUGGAAAUGUGGAAAGAGAAGUGGUUUCGGAACAUAUAGUGUCCAAGACCCAAUCACUGGUGAAUAUGUAAAGGUUUAUUCAGGAUGCUGGAAGAACAACAAACAACAUGGCUGUGGAAGUUAUUUCUAUACAGACACCGAGUAUUAUGAAGGAGACUGGAAGGGUGGACAAAGAAGUGGCUGGGGUAGAAUGCACUUUGCCAAUGGAGAUGUAUAUGAAGGAGAGUGGCUGGAAGAUCAGCACUGUGGGCAGGGAAUGUUACAAUUAGUAAAAUAAAAACCGUUAUGAGGGUUCAUGGAAGAAUGGGAAAAAACACGGCUUUGGAAGGUUUUAUUACCUGGAUAAGGGGCAGAUGUAUGAAGGAACAUGGGUGGAAGAUAUCCCUAAGUGCGGAACUGUGGUGGACUUUGGACGUGCAGAAGCAUCUAUGCCAACAAAGUAUCCUAUUCCCGAGGUGAAAGUAGCAGAUCCUGAAGGAGUUCUACAGCUGGCUCGAUCGUUGCUUGAAAAACAAGAGUGA